GCCCGGGGCCGAGGUCCCCGCAGAAUUUGGGCAAGGGGGAGGUGCCCAGCGCGUGGGGACCUCUGGGACAACCGACGGAACGAAUGCCUCGUUGGGGGUUGUCGGUCCCUGCCCUGUGCGCCCAGUAUCGGCCGGGGAUCCGGGUGGGUUUCCUAAGCAUCCUGGCCUCCUUCCGUUUAACAGAAUGGGUAAAAAGGUAAAGAAGGAAGCGGAACCCCCUCCUAAGGAUGUGUUUGAUCCACUAACGAUUGAGAGCAAAAAAGCGGCAACUGUGGUGUUAAUGCUUAAUUCUCCAGAAGAAGAAAUUUUGGCUAAAGCAUGUGAAGCCAUUUAUAGAUUUGCUUUAAAAGGUGAAGAAAACAAAGCUACCCUCCUUGAACUUGGAGCUGUGGAACCUUUAACCAAGCUGCUCACCCAUGAAGACAAAAUUGUAAGAAGAAAUGCUACCAUGAUAUUUGGAAUCCUGGCUUCUAAUAACGAUGUUAAAAAAUUGUUAAGGGAACUAGAUGUCAUGAAUUCCGUCAUCGCUCAGCUUGCUCCAGAAGAGGAGGUGGUGAUUCAUGAGUUCGCCAGUCUUUGCCUGGCGAACAUGUCUGCGGAGUAUACCAGCAAAGUGCAGAUAUUGGAGCACGGCGGGUUAGAGCCACUCGUCAGACUGCUGGCCAGCCCAGACCCUGACGUGAAGAAGAACUCUGUUGAGUGCAUUUACAACUUGACCCAGGAUUUUCAGUGUCGAGCUGCACUUCAAGAACUAAAUGCAAUCCCCCCUAUAUUGGAUCUCUUGAAGUCAGAAUAUCCAGUUAUUCAGUUGUUGGCUCUCAAAACCUUAGGUAUUAUUACAAAUGAUAAGGAGGCACGAGCAACGCUGAGAGACAAUCAAGGAGUGGACCACCUUAUCAAAAUCCUAGAAACUAAGGAAUUGAAUGACCUUCAUAUAGAAGCACUUGCCGUGAUAGCCAAUUGCCUUGAAGAUAUGGAUACUUUGGUGCUGAUUCAGCAGACCGGGGGUCUUAAGAAGCUCCUGUCCUUUGCAGAAAAUUCUACAAUUCCUGAUAUUCAGAAGAAUGCAGCAAAAGCAAUUACUAAAGCAGCUUAUGAUCCUGAGAAUAGAAAACUUUUUCACGAACAAGAGGUUGAAAAAUGCCUCGUAGCCCUUUUGGGUUCUGAAAACGACGAAACUAAAAUUGCCGCUUCCCAAGCGAUCUCGGCAAUGUGUGAGAAUACGGGCAGCAAGGAAUUUUUCAAUAACCAGGGGAUUCCACAGUUAAUCCUGCUGCUGAAGAGUGACAGUGAAGAAGUGAGGGAGGCCGCCUCCCUGGCCCUGGCCAAUCUAACCACAUGCCAUCCCGCUAAUGCAAAGGCUGUUGCUGAAGCUGACGGUGUUGAUCCGUUAGUAAACAUCCUGUCGAGCAGACGGGACGGAGCCGUGGCCAACGCGGCUACAGUGUUAGCGAACGUGGCAAUGCAGGAGCCUCUGCGCGCCGGCCUCCAGAGCCACGGCGUCUCGAGCGCCCUCCUGGGCCCGCUGCGUUCCGCGAACACGGUCGUGCAGAGCAAAGCGGCUCUCACCGUGGCCGCAACUGCGUGCGAUGUGGAGGCCCGGACAGAGUUAAGGAAUUCAGGUGGCCUGGAGCCGCUGGUCGAACUCCUGCGCUCGAAGCAUGAUGAAGUAAGAAGGCACGCCAGCUGGGCCGUGAUGGUCUGCGCCAACGACGAGCUCACGGCUGUCGAACUUUGCAAGCUCGGGGCUUUAGCUAUCCUUGAAGAAGUUAAUCUAUCAGUAAGCCGAAAAAAUAAAUUCAGUGAGGCAGCUUAUAACAAAUUGCUCAACAACAACCUGUCUCUGAAAUAUAGCCUGACUGGCUACUUGUCAUCAAGUAACAUAAUUAGUGAUGGAUUCUAUGAUUACGGUCGGAUAAAUCCUGGCACCAAACUUUUGCCUUUGAAGGAUCUCUGCUUACAAGAACCGAGUGAUCAACGUGCUAUACUUUUAGUGAACAGUAAAUCAUCUGAUGUCUCUCCGCCUCCAUCUACGGAAGAUAAAUCAUCAGAUGUUGGUUAUGGUCGGAGCAUUUCUUCUUCGUCUUCCUUUAGAAGAGCAAGCAAAGAAAAGACCAAAAAAAAUAGUUAUCAUUUUAGUACUGGAUUUGGAUCUCCCACAGAAGAGAAAUCCGAGCCUCCUUCUGGACGAAAUACUGCUCUUAGCAAAGGCACCACAAAAGAAAGAGGAUCAAGGAAAGGCCGAGGGAAAAAAGAGGAGGAAAAAGUGAAGGAGGAAGAAGAGGUUUCGACAUUACCAAAAUUGAUGGGAGAAGGAAGCCCAGAGAAAGAAUGGUAUCCUCCCUUCGAUCCUGACUUCCGUGUUUACGUGUAUGAAGUGACCAAAUCAAUAUUUCCCAUAACCGAUAUUAAGGAACAGAUUGAGGUCCUUGCAAGGUACGUGGCAGAAAAAAUGGGUGGUAAAAUGUCAAAGGAGAAACUCCAUAAUUUCAGCUGGGAACUCCAUGUCAGUGAACUAAAAUUUCAACUUAAAUCCAAUGUUGUGCCAAUUGGACAGAUCAAAAAAGGAAUCUUCUAUCAUCGAGCGUUGCUUUUCAAGGCUCUGGCUGAUAAAAUUGGCAUCGGCUGCUCUCUGGUUCGUGGGGAGUAUGGCAGAGCUUGGAAUGAAGUUCAGUUGAUGAAUGAAUCUCGUAAGGGACUGAUCGGGGCUCUCCCUCCUCCUGAGGUCUACAUAGUUGACCUCAUGUUCCAUCCAGGCGGGCUGAUGAAGUUAAGGAGUAGAGAGGCAGAUCUUUACAGAUACCUCUAAACGAUCAAAUGACCAAACAGGGGUUCACGGGAGAAGUUCAUUAGAUACGCUUUCUCUGAAGUUCACCCAUUGGUUUUAUUUCUUUAAAUAAAAGUAUGAGAAAUGUU